GUGUGCCAAUCGUGUUCGUUUUGAAAUUUUGCACAAUAUCAACAACAAAAAUAUCGAUGACAAAUUUUGCAAAGGUUUUAAAAAAUCGAUAUAGAUUUACACAACACACUGCCGCAUUAUUCGCGUUUAAUAUAUGAGUAUUAUUUUAGUGAUACAAUUCUCACCAAUACCACCGCAAUAGCAAUGGCAAAUGAAUGCGGAGUGCUCCGUUUGCCGGUGGACUACGAGUCCAUACGCUUCAAUGACUGGUCCAUCAGCUACGAGAAGUCGCACAUAUUGAAGAGCAUGUGCCAUUUGGGCAGCGACAAGUGCUGCGAGAAGGACGACGCCAAUCGCUGUGAUCUCUGCAACUAUCAACAUUCACUGGAGCUGCCACAUCUGCCGGACAUGGUGUUCCACAAAAACAAAUUGAUGCUGCAGCACAAAGAUGGCGCCGUCAUGGAAUUCAAGCCCAUGGACGCGCUGGCUCUCGUUGCCAACGGCAAACAGGCCCCCUUGGAGGUGGCCUGCGCUCAGGAGUGGCGCGAGACGCGCGCCGAGCAGAACAUGGAACAGAAAUACAAGCCAUUCGACUGGACAUUCACCACAACAUAUCAGGGCACAUUAAAUGAUAAGUUUCGCACGGAAUUGACGGACCAGACGCUCAACAAAAUGAAGCUAAUGCAGCGCGAAAACAUUCUAUUCUAUCACGAUCUCACACUCUACGAGGAUGAGCUGCAUGAUCAUGGCAUUUCCGUGAUGAGCGUGCGCAUUCGCGUUAUGCCCUCCGGUUUCUUUGUGCUGUUGCGUCACUUUCUGCGCAUCGACGAUGUGCUCAUACGGAUGCACGACACGCGCUUCCAUUGGGAGAUCGAGAAUGAUUAUAUACUCAGGGAGUAUAUACAUCGCGAGGCGCCCUGCUCGGAGCUACAGACCUCGACUAGCUUUUGGACGAAUCCCGAUGAAAUGCAAAAUUUUCUGCCCGUCAAGGCCAACGAGCUGCACAAGCUGCACUUUAAAUAGUUCGAGUUCGAGGGGCUUCCCCCUUUUCCGUUUCCGUUUCCAUUUUCCACUUCUUUUUUUUUUGUAGUAGUAGCAGUAGUAGAAGUAUUGGGCAUCCGGUGCUCCAGCCAGCCCGCCCUUGGUCAGCCAGAGUGUAUUGAAAGCAAAUUCAUCGUUAAACGUUUAAGUUGAUAAAUUUCAUGUAGCAAUUUAAGUUAAGUGCUCAGCGUGUGUAUUUAUUCGCCCACAACUGGUGCGCACUGUGCAAACAUUUAAAAGCGAGCGUCCUCCGUAAAGGGCCACCGUAAAUACUAUAUAUAUAUAUAUAUAUGUGUGUAAUUAGCUAUAAAGGGCAUCUGAUAUUAUUUCGUGGCCAGGCUAAGCGCCGCCCAGCAGCGCGGCCAAUGCGUGCCUGUAGUCGCCCGACGUUUCCGACUGCAAACAGAAAGAAAA